ACCCAAACGCACACCCGCAUCCUUCCCUGCACACAUUGAGCGAUUCUCCUCCUGCCUGACUGCAGCACCACUGUGCUCAGCCCCACGAAAUGGGGGUCUGCAGGAGGGGACCUCCAGUCCUGGCUGGAGCUGGGGAUGUGCUGCUCGGCUGCGUGCUGCUGGUGAUGGCUGGGGGUCUGCAGAGCUGCCAUGCCUCCGUGGUGCUGAAGGGGAAGCAGGGACAGCCACUGUCCUUUCCGGAGCUGCGCCCCGUGGCUGAGGACAUCGUGAGGAUCACCUGGAUGUCUGAAAGGCACGGCACACACAUUGCCGAGGCCAAGCCUAGGGUGAAGGAGUUUGCAGUGGGUUUCCUGCCUGAAUUCCAAGACCGGCUGCGAAUCCAUCCCCAGGUACUGUCGCUGGAGAUCACAGAGCUGCGCAGCACAGAUAUAGGCCGGUACUCUGCAGUGGUGGACACCGCCUCCAAGCCCAGCAGCCCCAGUACAUUUUCCUACCUUGUGGUUCUCGAUCACCCCCCUGGGACAACUGACAGCGACACAGGAGGACACAGCAGGAGCACAUCUGGACCAACAAUGAGCUCUGAGCCCGGUGCUGGGGAGGGGACCACACUGGGCCCGGGCAAGGGGCAGCUCCCAGGUGCUGGGGAGGCUCCGGGGCCAUGUGGGGCACGGGGUGGGUACUGCAUGCUCAGGGGGUAUCUGGUGGCCUCUGUGUUUGGCCCACUGGUGGUGCUGCUAGUGGCUGUGCACGUGGUGACCAGGCAUUGAGACUGGGAGAUGAGUGGGACCCACACUGGGUUCCAGAGGGACAAGAGUGGGGUCUGAGCCCACCCAGAACAACCCCACAGUUCUCCCAUGAUCACUGCGUUCAACCAGACAGGAAAAGCCACAUUCACCACAUUCAGUGAAGCCUUGUGAGGGCAUGAAAUGCAUUUCCUCAUCUCUUGUACAAGCCCCAAACCCAGUGGCACUACUUCCUCCCAGUGGCCACACAAACCCCACUGUAUCCCAGCACUCCCAGUCCGGGAUCUCCUCCUUUAUGGGGUCAGCACUGAAUUCGUACCCACAGCCCUGAAUUUGGUGUGAGGUAACAAUUCAGCAUCUCAUCCAACCUUCCACAGUUUAUAAGAAGUGAAUUAUUUACUGGUGACCCCAACUAAACGCUGCACGGCAUAAAUUAUGGACGGGCAGAUCUGUCAAAAAGUUCUCAUAAAUAAGUGAUCCGGUGCCAUCUUCGUGUUCCCAGAAAAUUA